AUGGUUAGCAUACGGGCCCUCCUCGCCAGUACACUCAGUGUCGCCUCAUUAAUCCAAGAUGCCGUUGCACACUCUGCACAGCGGAAUCCUCUGACGGCUAUCCAUCUCAUCGACGCCCCCUCCUUGAAUACGCCAACAAAACGAUGCCAGUACCACUCCUCAUUCGACCUGACCUUUGGUCUCGAAAAUACCCAACAGCAAAUACGCCUCGCCCUCGAGCCAAACCACGACAUCCUCCACGAUGACAUGCACGUCAACUACCUCGGUCCGGAUGGCUCGCUACGGAAGUCACAGCGCAUCAACCGCCAUGAUCACAAGGUCUUCCGCGGCGCCUCUUUCAUUCGCCGCGAUGGCCAAUCUGAAUGGACCAAGGUUGGAUGGGCGCGGAUAACGAUGCAUCGUGACGGCAAGGAUCCUGUCUUUCAGGGCGCUUUUCGAAUCGACGGUGACCACCAUCACAUUAUGACUGGCAAAAACUAUCGACGCCUGAAGCACCCCGAAGAUCCACUACCCGACACCGACGCAGACCCAGAUGAAUAUAUGGUGGUGUGGAGAGACUCAGACGUCAUGAGCUACUACUUUGAUCCUCAGGACCUGAAGCGGGACACGGCGGGCCGUUCGAGUUGCGAAUCUCAAUCACUCACGUUCAAUGCCAAAUACGACCCCAACGCGUUUGAGGACGUUCGCCUGCGGGCCGUUUCCCCUGCUUCACUAUUCGGGCGACAGAUUGAUUCCGGUCAGACGGGCAAUAACGGCGCGGGCCAGAAUCUUGUUGCCACCAUCGGCUCGACUCAAGGCUGUCCGACCGUCCGCAAGAUUGCCUUGGUUGGCAUCGCCACGGAUUGCACAUAUACCGCAGAUUUCAACGACACACAGGCUGUUCGCCAGAAUAUUAUCGACCUUGUCAACUCGGCUUCUGAAGUCUAUGAGAGCAGCUUCAACAUUUCACUCGGUAUUCAAAAUCUUACGAUCAGCGACCGCGACUGCCCCGGUUCUGCCAGCGAUCUCGCUCCUUGGAACGUUGGAUGCAAUAGCAAUCUACGCAUUAGCGAUCGUCUCAACCUCUUCUCGGAGUGGCGUGGGCGGUCUAAUGAUGCCAAUGCCUUCUGGACUCUGCUAAGCACCUGCAACACCAACUCGGCUGUCGGCCUGGCCUGGCUCGGUCAGGUGUGUGUCCCAGGUUCGCAGACAACAGCUGGUAGUGACGGUUCCAACGAGACUGUUGCUGCUGCCAAUGUUGUUGUCCGAACAGAUAGCGAGUGGCAAGUAUUCGCCCACGAAGCCGGACACACUUUUGGUGCUGUCCACGACUGCGACGAUCAACUUUGCGCCAGCAGUGAGAAUCAGAUGCAAAGAUGCUGUCCUUUGAGCGCGAACACAUGCAACGCGGCAGCCCGCUUCAUCAUGAACCCAUCCACCGGAAACCAGAUCCAAAACUUUUCCCCUUGCUCCAUCGGCAACGUCUGCUCCGCCUUGUAUCGCAAUGCCGUUCGAUCGGAAUGCUUGGCCAACAAUCGAGACGUCGAGACAAUCACUGGAAGCCAAUGUGGCAAUGGCAUUGUUGAGUCAGGGGAAGAGUGCGACUGUGGCGGCGCUGAGUCUUGUGGUAAUAACCCGUGUUGCGACGCCGCGACCUGUCGCUUCACGACCAACUCGCAGUGUGAUCCGGCGAACGAGGACUGUUGCACCGACCAGUGUCGUUUCGCCUCUCAAGGCAGCAUCUGUCGUGAGAGUACGGGCCUUUGCGAUCCGCAGGAAACGUGCCCCGGUGAUUCCUCGGUCUGUCCUAGUGACAUCCACAGGAGCGACGGUGACUCGUGUGGCGCUGAUGGCGACAACCUGCAAUGUGCUUCGGGCCAGUGCACGUCACGAGAGCAGCAAUGUCAGGCUGCUGUCGGUUCCCGCGACACCAACAAUCAGACGACAUCGUGCGAUAACGGCUGCAUGCUCUCUUGUCGCUCACCCAAUGUGUUCCAGACACAGGAGUGCCGACUUUUGAACCAAAAUUAUCUUGACGGUACUCCUUGCGAGAGUGGCGGAACAUGCCGCAAUGGCGUGUGCCGGGACGCAUCGUUUACCAACGACGUUCUGGCUUGGUUCCAGAGGCACAAGAAUAUUUUAAUUCCCGUAGGAGCUUCGGUGGGUGGUCUUCUCGUCCUAGCAAUCCUCUGGUGCUGUAUAUCGUCAGCAUGCAAGAAGCGGAGGCACAAGAAGAACGCCUCCAAACUACCUCCAACACCUCCUCCUAUGAAUACAUGGAACAGCUACGGCGGGGCCUGGAAUGCCUCCAACAUCGCGCCAGUGCCCCCACCACAGCGGCAGCAACAGCAGUCGCCGCCGAGCCAGAGCUCAAACAACAUGCCCCCCUAUCCGGGUGAGGUACACACCGGCCAUCAAGGCCAAGGAUACGCUGACAGUUCGUACUCGGGCCAACAGCCAUACCCCGGCCAGUGGCAUCCGCAGAGGAGUCGGACGAUGAGCAUGAGAUAUGCGUAG